AUGUUCAGCCGAAGCACCAGCCGCAGCAUCAUGGAAGUGAAGGAGCGACGGCCCUACUGCUCUCUCACCAAGAGCCGCAAGGACAAGGACGGGCCCUACACUGGUUCCUCUGGAGACAGUGGGGACUGUGUUCUGGGCUCUCAGGGACUGCGAGUCCCUACUCAGAAGUCCUACUCGUCCAGUGAGACUCUGAAGGCCUUCGACCAGCACCAGGACCAGACCAGGCUUCUGUACGGAACGACCAAAGGACACAAGGAGAUGGUGCGCCAUGACCACGACGACUACACCAGACCAGGUCAGCACUUCAGCCUCCAUCAGCUGGGCAUCUGCGAGCCUCCUCCACGCCGCGGCCUCACCUUCUGCUCAGAGAUGGGCCUCCCUCACCGGGGCUUCUCCGUGGGCACGUGUCCUGAUCCGGACCCCGACAGCGGCGCCAUCAUGUCCCCGGAGAGGGCCAUGAGGCUGUGGGGCCGCGGGGGCCUGGGCAAGACCUCCGGGCGCAGCUCCUGCCUCUCCAGCCGCUCCAACUCCGUCCUCACCCUCACCGACACCGAGCACGACAACAAGUCCGACAGCGACAACGGUGACUUUAAUAAAGCAGUCGUCUUCCAUCUCCUCAGACGCAGGACGCACACGGCGGACUCCGACUCCAGUAAUUAA